ACUGCAGGCUCACACGAUCGGGACGAAGGCACAGCGCCCAAGUCACAAUCUGUGACUGCCUGCAUGUGUAUCACCCCGUUCUCUCGGUAUAUCUCGCUCGGAAAAAGGCGAGGUUGCUGGAAUGAUCCAGUGGGAUUGUCCACGAGCAUCUUUCCAUCAUAACUACUAUCUCUGCCCUCCUUUCAACUCAUCAUCGAAAUGGUCUCGACGGGAAUGAAACCGGCUCCCACUGGCAGUGCGUCCAGGACGCAAUGUCACGAUGAUGGCCAGCUCGUACCACGACCGACGCCGGCGGAAUUUCGAAAGCUGGUGUCCGGACCCCAAGAAAACAUCAUCCGCGCAAUGGAAACAACCCAACCGGCCUUCGAGGACUUUAAGAAGGUCCUUCGCGAUCAGGCCGUCAUGAUUCUAGAUUGCGAGAGGUACUUACACGAGCAGAUCCCGGAUAUCUGGGCAAUCUAUUUGGACUGGGCUCGCAAGGAAUUGGCACCCUUUCUUUCCGGGUAUGCUGAUGCAUGGCCUGUCGAGCUCUACAUAGAGCAUUACUUAUCGAAAAAAACGUAUGCCAAGCGCCACGCAUUCAGAAGCCAGAUGUCGAGGAGACCCGCCCCCAAAACCGUUCGCGUUAAGAGUGCUGCCUCAGAGCGUGAAAUGAGCAUGCCACCCGCUCCCGUAGGUCCACCACCACCCUACGAAGAGCACGACUUCGCACACCCCGGUACAACUGAGGAUUCCGAUAUUGCAUCUUUUUUAAAGGCGGUCAACCCCGACUUAACUCACCUUGUCCCCGCGUUCGAAGGACUAGGAAUCAGCAAUGAGGCGGAUCUCGUUGUUGUGAAGUCAUGGCCUCCUGCGCUGAGGAAAGAAUUUUUCGAGAGAGAAUUGAUGGGGAGGAUGAGCGCUCUCGAAAUCCAAGCGCUAAAUUUCAAGCUAGGCGAAAUGAAUUAGUUCCCAUUGACAGCCGUCCCAAAGUCAUACUCUUUCGCUCUCGAGGUUUUUGCUUGUAUAAUAUGCUUUCAUUGAAAAUCCCGCUUUACAUUACACCCGGCUUGC